UUUGCUGGAAAAUCGAAGAUGCGCGCGCACAGAAUUCCCACCAACGCGUCGAUAAAACAGAUGGAGACUUGCCGAUUUUAAUAAAAGCCGAUCCGGCCUAAAUCGACCCAACGAUACCGACGCGAUCUUAUAAACGAUACCGAUAUUACGACUUUACGAUAAAAUUACGAUAUUUUCAACACGAAAUUGAAAUACUGACUGCUUAAUAAAUAAGUGCUUCAAAGAUAAAUCUCAUGUAAAUACCAUAUAGUUAAUUAUAUUUGACGAUAAAAUGGAUACAGAUUUAAAAGCCCGAAAGCAAGUAAGUUUGGAGCAGUUAAAAGGUCUUUUAGAUUACCUGAAUGAACAUCAAGAUUUGGCUAAAGGACUGACCAGGGGUCGCAGAGGGAAACUCCACUCCGUGAAGUUAUGGAAUGUUUGUGCCAAGAAACUAAAUGCUAUCGGGGAAGGUGCUGUGAAAGAUGGAAAAGGAUGGUCGAAGUAUUGGUGUGACUGGAAAUACAGAGUCCGUCGCCGGGCCCUGGAGCUGAAGGCGGCCCGAGACAGUAACAAGCCACCGCCUGAUGGAGUGGCCGGCCUCAGCCAGAUGGAGGAAACCAUCCUGGAGAUCAUCGGGGAGAGCGUCGUCUCUGGCGUGGUGAUUAAGAGCGAUCCUUUAGCUGAAGCGAGCUUUUCAGAUGAAGAAGAAUCGUAUAUGGCUGACAAUAGCGAGGAAGCACCUAUAAAUUAUGGCGUUACAAAGACCCGCCGAGGCAAAAAGAGAAGGCAUUCAUCCCAAAAUAUAUCUGAUGCCGACGACGAGGUCGGGACCAGUAGCCCUCGCCAUGAGAGAAAACAAAAGAAAUUGAAGACUGACAAUGAAUCUGAUGAAGAUGAAAGUGCCUCGGAGUUGAUUCGCCUGGAAAGGGAAAAACUUGAAUAUACUAAACAAUUUCUCGAAACUACUCGAGAAAUAUCUAGCCACGUGGGAAAACUUGUUAACGUAAUGACUAGAAUUAAAGAUUUUCUUCUAAUGAACCAUAGAGGGGAUUAAUUAAAGAUACAGAAGAAAAAAACAUAAGAAUAAAUACAAAAAGAAUCUCUCCGGCGGGGAAUCGAACCCCGGUCUCCCGCGUGACAGGCGGGGAUACUUACCACUAUACUACCGAAGACUUAUGGGAGUGGUUGAAAAACUGGUU